AUGAAGGCCUCUUCCACAAUCAUAGAGCUGCCAACGGUGCCGUUCGCUUAUACGAACAAUACAUUGGCACCUACAGCAAUUUCCAACCAACMCCCUAUAACGUCUGAGGAAAGCUCCUCGAGGCCGAAGAAGCCCGUUGCUAUUGCUCCCAAACCAAGUGUAACAAUAUCAGCUGGCCCAUCGGCGCCAUCGGCGCCGUCUCCGAUGCAACCAACAUUGCCAUCACAGCCUACCGCUCUGAUCCCAAAGGCUCUGCUCCCGUCACAGCCUACAGCUCUUAUCUCUAAGGCUCCUCUGGUCCCAAUAGCCCCGAAGGCUGCAAAAGUACCAGGUGGCAGCCCACACAAAGCAACCCCCAAAUCACGCUCACGCAAAAAUGCUUCACAUGGGUCUAGAAAAUCGAGGAAACGAAGACGCGGUGGUGAUAGUGACGGCGAAGACAUCAUAAGGGCUGAUGACUCCAGUUCGGAUGAAUCCGACAUCGCCCCUACCGCCACUCAAACAAAGUCCGGCCGGCAAGUGAACCGACCGUCAUUAUAUGUGCCUCCAGCUUCAUCUCCAGCCGUUUCCAAGACGAACGGCGCUUCCUCCCAUGGCUCAGAAGCUACAGGUGCGCGAAGACACAAGCGCGUUUUUCGCAAGUCAAAGGAGGCGUAUGUCAAUUGUAUGCAUUGCCAAAGAGGUCAUAGCCCGCAAAGUAAUGCUAUUGUAUUCUGCGACGGGUGUAAUCGAGCAUGGCAUCAACUCUGUCAUGACCCUCCGAUCGACUCUGAUGUUGUGAACGUGGUCGAGAAGGAGUGGCACUGCCGGGAAUGCAAGCCUGUGCAAAUUUCCAUCGUCCAGCCAACCGUUGUGAGAAGCAAUCCUGAUUUACAAGCUCAGACAUUGGCUCCAAUACAUCACCAUGUGCUCUGUCCCAAGAUCGAAGUAGGAGGCGAGCUUUUCUCAGCGGAGGAGCGGCGGGGUUAUUUGUCGAGCCUCUCCCACGCAAGUCUCGUCGAGCUUCUUGUCACUAUAUCAGACCGGAACCCCUCCUUGUCGAUGUUCCCAAGCAACUUAAAGGAACUGCAGUCGUCGAAAUUCUUAUUCACCUCAAACAUAUCAGCUGGCCCAGUCUCAGCAGCAACUUCCACCCAGACACUUACAACAACCGAAACACCAGCCUCCCGCACGGAGAAAGACACGACUUCUGAGAAGCCGAGUACCGAGAAUACUGCGGAAUCAUUGCCAUCAGCUUCUUCUUCACGGAAGAGACACCGGUACGAGUCAGAUGAAGAGUCAGAAUACGAGGAGUUCCAAGAGCAUCGACUGUACCCACGCGCUGGAAACGGGUUCCGCCUUUCGAUCAACGUCGACGAUAUUGACAUUAUGCGUGAAGACCCAGCCUGUCCCACAUUCAGCUAUGCAUUGCAUGGACCAGCCAAAGCUCGCGCCGAGGCCAAUGAAACUGCACCUGUAUGGGGCGCUGCGUGA